CCUCUCAUCAUUGCAGGUAUUGAUAAUUUCUCUGCAUCAGGGUCUUUUGACAAAAAAAGAUACAGCAAUAAUGUCUCGGUUUACGAGUUUUCUCCUGGUCCUUUCUCUUUUUGCCUUUGCUCCCCUUUGCUUCGCUAGCAAGAAAUAUGGGGGUUACCUGUUCCCACAGUUUUAUGACCAUUCCUGCCCAAGAGCUCAACAGAUCGUCAAGUCCGUCGUCGCCAAGGCUGUUGCCAAAGAAGCCCGCAUGGCAGCUUCUUUGCUUAGGCUUGAGUUCCACGAUUGCUUUGUCCAGGGCUGUGAUGCAUCGAUACUGCUAGACAGCAGUGGGAGCAUAACCAGUGAGAAGAGGUCAAAUCCUAACAGGAAUUCAGCACGAGGGUUUGAGGUCCUAGACGAGAUCAAAUCUGCUUUGGAGAAAGAGUGCCCUCAUACAGUUUCUUGUGCUGAUAUUUUAUCUCUUGCUGCUAGAGAUUCCACCGUUCUAUCCGGCGGACCCAGCUGGGAGGUCCCACUAGGAAGAAGGGACUCCAGAAGUGCGAGCUUGAGUGGCUCCAACAACAACAUUCCUGCUCCAAACAACACAUUCCAGACCAUCCUCACCAAGUUCAAGAGACAAGGGCUUGAUGUUGUUGAUCUUGUUACACUAUCCGGGAGCCACACCAUAGGAAAUGCCCGGUGCACCAGCUUCAGGCAGAGACUCUACAACCAGUCAGGCAACGGGCAGCCUGACUACACACUUGACCAAUCAUAUGCCGCCCAAUUGCGUGGCAGAUGCCCAAGAUCCGGCGGUGACAGUAACCUGUUUUUCUUGGACUUUGUCAGCCCAACAAAGUUUGACAACAGUUACUUCAAGAACAUAUUGGCUUACAAAGGCCUCUUAAACUCUGACCAAGUUCUCCUCACAAAGAAUGAAGCAUCCAUGGAACUGGUGAAGAAGUACGCGGAGAACAACCAGCUCUUCUUUGAGCAGUUCGCCAAGUCCAUGGUUAAGUUGGGAAACAUUACUCCAUUGACAGGUUCAAGGGGAGAGAUUAGAAAGAACUGCAGGAAGGUUAACUCUUGAUAUAGGCCGGAGUACUAUUCUGGUGCAGUUCCGGCGAGCUGAAACUUUAAUAAAAGUUGUGUGCGCAUUUUCCGCAUUAUAUUUUUAGCUAUGUUCUUAUGUACCCUUCUGUUUGAUUAUUUCAAUAAAAUAAGUGGUUUUGUGUUAAA